AUGUCUACUAGAUCAAGAGCGCCCGCCGAAUCACUUCACGAACAAUACAGCUUUCCGAACCUCACCGGCAUCGGCCGAGGGUUUGAAGAAGCAAUUGAACACAUCAAUAACGAGAGCCAUCAAAAUUUGCAAGCGGAUGCUCGCUCAUGGCUUAUCGCAACCGCCCACCAGAUUAUGAAAGAACUCAAGUACGAACUCCGAAAGCUUCAGAUCAAUCGAGACACACCGUCACUACUCCCGAGAUACGCCUAUGAUCCCACUGCAUCAUUACUCCUAUCUAGCGAUGACGUCCCACCGCCAUUGUACGCAUUCAGCGGGCAGUUUAUCGAUUAUAUAACCCAGCUGCUCAUGGCAUGCGGUUUUCACGCGAAAAUAUACUUGGUUGAUCCUGCAUCACUUGGGACCUGGGCGAUCUCGAGUCCGGCGUACAUUAGAAUCGAAAUUACUUUCCCUCAUGUGUACAACAGAAGUGAAGCUGGUGAUGGAAGAAUCGUGGCAUUUGAUGUUGACGAGAAUUUCAACCGGGAUUUCUUUGGAAGUAUGAGUACUUUGAGCACUUAA